GCUCGGUUGGAGCUGAAGCCAUUCUCUUUCCGAUUGACACAAUCAAACUGCAGCAACAAGUGUAUGGAGGAUCUGCUGCCUUGGUUGCGAAGCGUUUGCUUCAACAGCAGGGCCUGGGCGGCCUGUACAAGGGCUUGCUUGGGCGCUUAAUUCAGACCAUUACCUCCAAUGUUGGGUUCUUCGUCUGGCAGACGAUCUUCGUGCAGCUGAGUCUACGUCAGCUUCAAGUGCACGAACCUGACUGCCAAAAGCUCGGGACCAUUGCCGCGCUGGUUGUCAACAUGCUUGCGCAGCAGUUCAACCGAAUACUCACAACGCCGUUCGAUGUCGUGGCGAACGUCAAUCAGGCCGAUCCAGCAUCAAGAGGCUUCUUCAGUACCUUUGUGCGUAUGGCGCGUACAGGAGGGGCCGCAGAGCUUUGGAGAGGGCUUCCAGUAGCGCUGCUACUAUCCUUAAACCCUGCGCUGAUGUUCACGCUGGUUGGGAAGCUGUCUGACCUCAUCAAGGUCUUACGAGAUCGGACCACUCACUGUCAUCUGAGCUCCUCCGACAUGUUUUGGAUAUCUGGCGUGUCCAAAGCGGUAGCCACCCUGCUGACCUACCCGCUUAUUCGCGCCAAGGCCGUCAUUCAGACGACCGGCGGAAACCAUUUGGGCUUAUGGGGCAUGCUCGCCGAAAUAGUGCGAAAAAGCGGGUGGCUUGGUCUUUAUCAAGGCGUCUGGAUCAUGAGCUACAAGACAGUUCUCUUCAACUCUUUGAUGAUGGCGCUGAAACAAAAGGUUUCCCUGGUGCUGAUGCAGUGGGACCAAUACAGGGACCGCAAGAGGCGGCUCACAGCGCAAGCAGAGCUGGAAGGCUUUCGCAGCUGUGUCACAGCGUGCUCGAGCUUGGAGAUGCCAUGGGAGGCCUCAGCGAGAGGCGCCACUGUGGUCUACGUGGACGGCUCCUGGUGCUUCCUGCACGAUGCGCAG